ACCACCUAAAAGUAUGGCAGAAACAUUGUCACAUACAUUUUUAAUAAAUGUCACAUCACAUUUACAUCAUGUGUGAAAAUAAAAAUGUAUCCUAGUGUCUGUGAAUUCACUGUCCCCUCUGUUUCAGGCUAUGGGAGAGCUGUUGGAGCUGGGCUUGGUGGUUAUGGUGGCGGACCAGUUGGUUAUGGACCAGGAGGAACCGGGGCCGGACUAGGUGGGGCUGGGGCCGGGCAAGGUGGAUAUGGUGCCGGACCUCAAGGUUAUGGACCAGGUGGAGCAGUGCCGGGAGGAGCUGGGGUCAGACCAGGUGGAGCAGAGGCCGGACCUGGUGGCUAUGGUGCUGGGCCUGGAGGUUAUGGGCCUGGGGCUGGUCUUGGUCCUGGUGGAGCUGGUCCUGGAGGUUAUGGGGCUGGACCUGGUGGCUAUGGUGCUGGGCCUGGAGGUUAUGGGGCUGGUCUUGGUCCUGGCGGAGCUGGUCCUGGAGGUUAUGGGGCUGGACCUGGUGGCUAUGGACCAGGCGGAGCUGGAUCUCAUAAAUAUGGUCUGCUAAGUGGUUCCCUUGGAGGGGGACAAGCAGCUGGCCAGGGAAGAGUGCCAGGAGGGGGAGCAAGGACUGGGCUAGGUCAGGGAGGAGUGCCUGGAGGGGGAGCAGGUACUGGGCUAGGUCAGGGAGGAGUGCCUGGAGGGGGAGCAGGUACUGGGCUAGGCCAUGGAGGAGUGCCUGGAUCUGGGCUUGGUGGUGGUGGUGGUCCGGGUGCUGGGUAUGGACCUGGCAUUGGAACUCAUGGUGGUUAUGGACCAGGAGGUGGUGCUGGGACCGAACUUGGUCAGGGAAGAGCCGGGGCUGGACCAGGUGGCUAUGGACCACUUGGAGCUGGUGCUGGACAGGGAACUGGAGCUAGAGGGUAUGACGCAAAUGCAAAAGCUCGUAAAUAUGGUAUGCUAAGUGGUACCAUUGGAGGAGGACAAGCAGCUGGCCAGGGAAGUGUGCCAGGAGGGGGAGCAGGGACUGGACUAGGCCAGGGAGGAGUGCCUGGAUCUGUGCUUGGUGGAGGUAGAGGAGUCCCUGGUGGUUAUGGUCCUGGAGCUGGAUUUGGACCUGGUGGUGGUUAUGGACCAGGAGGGGGUGCUGGAACUGGACUUGGCCAGGGAGGAGUUGGGGCCGUACCAGGUGGCUACGGGACUGGGCCUGGUGGUUAUGGACCAGGUGGAGCUGGACAGGGUGCAGCGAAGCCAAACAAAUCAGGUUAUGGCUCCUCCUCCUUGGGUGGAGCUCACUUUGGACCAGGUGGUGGAGCAGGUGGGGUACCUGGAGCUGGAGCUACCGGGCGAAGAGGAGGAGUACCAGGAGGCUACGGAGUAGGAGAAGCGGGACAAGCAGGGCAGAAAUCGAAGGCACAGAAGGCAGCCAAAUACACAGCCAUGCAAGGCUUCCUGGGAGCACGCAACUACAGAGGGGGCGCCGACUGCCAGGGUAAAUACUGCGGACGGAGGAGGAAGUGAGAGAGCAGCAAAAAGAAGUGACCUCAUCAACAACAUUGUGGUGCUACUGCAUGACUCCAGAAUGUACUGAUUUUCAACUACUAAUAUGUCCCUUUUUUUCUUUUAAAGUGUGAAUCUUGGACAAUGGCAAAACCAGAGCCUGUUUGAUAUUUUAUUCUGAAACUGUGAUCAUGUGUUUAUUGUUCCUCACCUGUACCCCUUUAGCCCCUCCUGUGUACCCCUUUACC